CUCGCUUUCUCGCGCAAGGACGGGAACGGAAAACGGACGGGCCAAAUCGACGGAACGGACCGAAGCGGGGGAGCGGGGGCUACGGAACAGCUUGUGCGCGCUCGAGUAUCGGGCUUAUCGAACCGCAGAUGGCGAUGUUGUUGCAAUAGCCAGCAUGUGACUUCAGCGUUUCAGCUAACGGUCGCUACCACAGUGGUCGCUACGUUUCUGUCGCACUACGUUGCUGUACUCGAAUAUGCGUCCCAGCCGCCCCAAUGUCAACGCUAUGCAUUGUGUGGUCGUUUUGUUCACCUUGAUCGCUUUGAGCACAGUGUCCGUGAAUGCCGCACGAGUCGAGAACGUCACUUACUUCAUGUUCAGCCAGCAGUGGAGUCCUGGAUAUUGCAGUGGAGCUCUACAGGACAAGCGCUGCAUAACAAAGAAUGAGAGGAACUUUUGGACGAUACAUGGACUAUGGCCCUCCUCAAAUAAGUCAAUCCAGCCGGAAUUCUGCAACACGACGAUGCGCUACAAUGCCACCGUACUCAAGCCCAUCGAAGAACAGAUGAACCUUUACUGGCCGUCCGUCACCGUCAGCAACUUCAACAUUUUCUGGAAGCACGAAUGGCAGAAGCACGGUACUUGUGCCACCGUGGUCCCUCAGCUCAAUGGCCUCCUCAACUUCUUCAACGGCACACUCAACCUCUACCUCCACCACAACAUCACGGGAUACCUUCUCAACAGCGGUGUGGUCCCCUCUUCGACGAAACCCUACAAGCUCCAAGACAUCAGGGAGGCCCUUUUAGACGAUGUCAAGGAAGCGGUCAACUUCGUUUGCUACAACAAUAAGAACUACACGGCUCCGGUGCUGGCAGAGAUCCGGCUCUGCAUGGACCGCGAGCUGCAGCCGAUCAACUGCACGUACCGCAGUUCCGGCUGCGGCAAGGGAGACGUGUACUACAUUCCGCACGACAAGGACGUCGCCAGCCCCCUGCUGCCUCCGAGCGCCUGGCUCCUCAACAUCUCCUGGAUACUCGCCCUGAGCGCCAUUCCCGUUCCUCUACGCAGGCUCCUUCUUUGAUCCGGUGGGCGCACUCGAACCGGUUGUGCCGGCAGUCUUGAACACGAGGGUCGUCGUCUUUCGAAAACCGCCCCGUAUACAAACGACACCCGUCGGUGCCGCAUGCAACCCGGGCCCUGUCAACACCACCUAGAGUAAUGUCAACACCACCUAGAGUAAUGAAAGGCCCGUGAAAGGCCUAUGCAGAGCGCCAGUUCGUCUGCUUCUUGCGCCGGUGUUGCGGCGACCUCGGAGUGCCGAGCUCAGAUUGGCUUCAAUUGGAAGGAUGGGGGUAGACCUCAAUGCUAGCUUCCUCGAGGUCUACCCACUUUCUUUUCGAGCAGAGCCAAUCGGAGCGCAAUGUCCCGACGUCACCGCAACCCUCGCUCAAGAGGCAGACGAACUUGCGCUCCGCAAUACUUUGUGUCGCGCGUAAGCCUGACCGCAGUCGAUGCUAUGGUUCGACGGAGCUGAUCAAGUGGCGCCGAAAGCGCAUCAUCAUGCCGCCCCUCGUCUUUGUGCGUUUGCCAUCCACCGGCGGCACACACGUCCCGAUCCUGCGAUUUGUUUCUGUGCACGAUUGAUUUAACCGGCAAUGGCAGACGCACCAAGACGAUGAUCGCUACGACGAUGCAGUUUUGGAGCUAUACUCGAUUGGCUGCGUCGGCUGUGGCCAGACUUAAGUGUGAAACAGAGUGUAGCAAGGUGCGAACUCGCCGGUUGGACCCAAUGCAUUGACUCGAACAUGUGGCCCAGGCAAACAUUGACACGGCACUUGUGUUCAUUCUGCGCUUCAUCUCGCUGCUAUGAUGUUGAAAUGAUAGUGCACGGGCUUUGAUCAUUUUAUGUGGUGUUGGCCCUGUGCUCGGAUGCAACGCUGUUUCGACUAUCGAGCGAAAAUUGCGUCAAAGUCAGGGGUCGAAUUUGUUGCAUGGAUGUCUGCACGGCGAGGAGUUGGUCAAGUUUCAAGUAUGGCGAUUGCUGUAGGCCCCCAGCAAGGGGCAAGCAAUUUGAUUGGCAGUGUGUGACCUUUCGAAGUUCUCUUCAUUCUCGAAUAGGAACUUCGACGGAUUAUGUCUUCCGUUAUGUGUCUUGCAUCACGACGUAUCAUCCUCGUAGCCUUCGAUUUAUGGCCCCCAGUUAAAAAUGUGUUGAUUUUUAAAUCUUAAUCUGUGCCCCGAGAAAUCUGUUUUGUGGAUGGCAACCUCAAGAAGCAUACACUACAGAGGCCAAGAUUAAAUGGUAGCUGGCAGAUGGCAUUAACAGUCUCAAAUUAGGAUUGCCGUCUGCCUUCAUCAAACGUUCUUCCAAUAGCAAACGUCGGCUGUUGUCUUUCAGUCUUGUCUCGACUUGUCAGUAGGCUAUUAGUACUCCUGCAACAGUUGGACCUCGUUCAUCUGCUUUUAGCUUCCGUGGCAAAACAAGAAGCAUUUUUAGAACAUGUAACUUUCUAUGACAAAUGAUUUUAUUGACAAACAUUUUAGUGCACUCCCUUGUGGCACAAGACAUCCAAGUUUAUAUUUUCCACAGUGAAAUAAGGGCAGUGUUGUCAUACUGCAGCAUUGUUCUUUUUCCUUUGAGCAUUAACUUCAAGAUUGACUCCAAUUUCUGCAGAAAACUAGGUAACUCUCCAUUCAAGAACUUUCUGUCAAGUCCCCCUUGAACAUUUAUUGUGGAUUUUGUACUGCAAUGGAAGGGGGCUUCUACACUUUCCCAUUCACAGAUGCAAAGAGAGAAAGGGUUUCAGCCCAGCUGAAAAGUUUUUGCAGGUCAGCCUUUGAGACCUACCUGUCGUUAGUGCCUGGAAUAUCUGAGCAGUCGCACGUCAGUGUGCUGAGGCUUAUUUGGGUUGAGAUUGCAAGUAAAUAUAAUUAACUUGUGUCGAGUGUUUCACUCAGUAUAGAUUCUAUUUACUACAGCUAUUGUCUGGAGAGAUGUGGACAAAAGAACAGAUCAAUGGGAUAAUCUAGUCACAGUGAAUGUUUGUGAAUGUUUGGUAGAAGCGGCUGCCAGUGUCGUAACGUCCAUCGCAGGAUCUUUGCAGCAUUAUUUAAUCGGCGUUCUUGUCUGUGUUAGAUCUCCCAGUAUGCUGCUGACUGAAAACUUGAGGUAUGAGGCCAACUAACUAGUCAGAGAGUCACUCCAAGUACAUAACUCUGAGCGACUCUCCGAGGCAUGCACUUAAUUCCAAACUCUCUUCAGGGGAUCCGAGAAAUUUUACUGUGUAGCCCGUAAAGCAUCAAGUUAUAUAUACCGUAAUAUCCCAAGAGAUACCCCACCCCCAAAAGAUAACCCACCCCUAUUUUUAGCUUGAUUUGCUAUUUCCUUUUAAACACCGAAAGAUAGCCCAUCCCAGUAAUCAUAUUGUUUGGGUCAAUGAUGACUUUUUCAUAAAUACGGCUAGCUAGCUAUGGCGGAAUAUAGGCAAACAUUGCUGACUGGCGAGUACAGUCAUCUUUGUUUCAUUGUCCCUCGCCGCAAUAACAAGUUUGGCAGGAAAACAUAAUGUAAAAAUAGCAUGUUUUUUUUAACUUUUCUUGGUUGUACACUGAAAGUUAGCCCACUGCUUAUUUUCUCCCGACUUGCUCUUGAUUUGAGGUGGGCUAUAUCUUGGAAUAUUACAAUGAUAUAUAUAUAUAUAUAUAUAUAUAUAU